AUGAUUCGUGGGUUCAGAAUCUCUGUUGCCAUGGUGUUGAGCGGCAGAAAUGUCAAAAGUCUCGCCGUUGGCCAGCUCUGCAGAAAGACUGGACACUUUCUUCAAACAUUUUAUAAGCACCUUGGUCCAUCUGUCUAUAUUCUGAACCUCUCUGUCGGUCAACAGCUGAACCAAAAGCUGUCUGGCGUGGUUCUCGCCAGCACGCAGGAAAUCGUCCAUGAACUCAAACUCCUCGAACCCAAAUCCAAACCCAGACGAAGCAGGCCGGCCAAAGAUCGUGCUGGAACUGGCAUCACUGGUGACUCGGGUCCCGCUUCGACUCAUACGACGGUGUUUGAGACGUUAAAGAUCGAGGAAGCUGCGUCUGCCGCUGCGUUUGCGGCUGCUGAGGUGAAAUUCAACGGCGUGGGGUUCUUCUUCUCGGGGUCCUGCGACGGAAGGAGUCUGCCUGUGGGGAGCUCCGAGUUCAUCCCCGUCAGACUGGAACUAAAGUUGUUUGGGUGGAACGGGCGAUUUCCAACCACUGUGUUGGCCCUGCUGCGACGACUCACGCUGUUGGACCGCGGGAUGUCGAUCUCGAUGGCCUCUCCUUUCCUCGUGGUGGGGAUGGCCAUCAUGGGUGGGGGUGUGGGGGCCGAUCCGAGGUUCAGUGCUGUUUCUGCAGUGGAAACCACAGACGGCGCGCCCUGGCUCUCGGACUCGGCCCUGACCGGCGAUACCGUUUCCGAAACGUGGGACGAGCUGUUUGUAUCGUCAAUCACAGACUCGUCCUCGCUCGAGGCGUACUCUUCGUACCGAUCGGCCAAUUUCAAACAAAGCAGACAAACACGCAUUUUCCCCGGAUGA